UCGAUUCUUGGCUCAUCUCUAGUUGACGUGUUGUUUUGUUAAAUUUCGAAAAUACUACAAUUAAAUUGUGCUUAAAUUAGAUUAAACAUGUCUCAGUUUGGCGGACCCAAUGACUUUUAUGGCUCCGCGCCUUCCGCGGAUGCCAGCUAUAACUUCGACAUGCCGGAAUUCGGUCAAGAGCUGAACUUCCAAACCUUCGACAACACACAGGCCUCCGUGCCGCCCAACUAUGACGCGACAUAUGCUCAGCCUGCGCCCCAAGGGCUGGGCGGUUUCUACGACCCUACGGCGUACACGGACACCAGUUACGGGCAGGACAAGAGCGGAAAACAAGGAGCACCCGGAGGAGCCGGCAACGAGUUCGACGAUGAGCCCCCACUUUUGGAGGAACUGGGCAUCAAUCCGAAUCACAUUUUCCAAAAGACCCUCGCCGUGCUGAAUCCGCUGCGGGGCACCGACCAGCAAAUCCUGCAGGACACGGACAUGGCGGGUCCCCUGGUCUUCUGCCUCACACUUGGCGGCUUUCUAUUGCUGAGCGGCAAGGUGACGUUCUCGUACAUCUACGGCAUCGGCGUGAUGGGCUGCAUCUUCUUCUACUGCCUCUUAUCCCUGAUGGUCAGCCGGUCGCAGGUGACCUUUGGGGCGGUGGCCUCGGUGCUCGGCUAUUGUCUGCUGCCCAUGGUGGUGCUGUCGGGCAUCAACAUUUUAAUCACCAUUCAGGGCACACUCGGCCUAAUUGUGAGCGGCAUCUCCAUAUUCUGGUGCGCCAUAUCGGCCUCGAAACUGUUCGCCACCGCCUUCUCCAUGGACCAUCAACAGCUGCUGAUUGCCUAUCCGUGUGCGGUGCUCUAUGGAGGAUUUGCGUUGAUUACCAUUUACUAGGGCCACGGAUGCCCCGCCGCCCCACUACUAUUCCGCCUCCCAGAACCGCCCAACCGCCUUCCUCUUGUUGUGUUUGCCUGGUUUUAAUUGUCCUGCAAACACACACACACACUCUUGCAGCACAACAAAAACACACACACAUACAAACAAGCGGAGAGGAGAACCCAUAUGUAUAUUUUUAAGAAAAUAAGCGCCGAUUGCGAAUUUGUUUUCCACAUUCUCUCCUUUUUCGGCGGCCAAGCUCCGCUUUUCCCCAAUGCUUUUGUUGUCAGCCGAUGUAAUAAAUUUGAUUGCGAAUAAAAAAAUGGUUAACAAAUUGAAA